AUGAAGCAAUUAUUUUCAAGCCUGCUUUUUGCGACUGCUGCAUGUGCAACCGAACUCUCUCAGGGCUUGACCCAGGCACAAACAAAUGGACUCUCAACAUGGGGCACACUUGACAACCCACAGUUCCCCGAUUUCCUUCCAUCGCAUGAUGGAUCCACGGAAGACCCAUGGGAGAAUCUCAGCAACCAGCGUCGGGAUAAUGACCCAUAUCCUGAGGUCCCUUACACGGGAGUAACAAGAUACUAUGAUUUUGAAGUUGCUCGAGAUGUCCUCUCACCCGAUGGCUAUGAGAAGAAUGGCAUCUUUGUCAACGGUCAAUUUCCCGGUCCCGCAAUUGAAGCAAAUUGGGGUGAUUGGGUGGAAGUAAUGGUGCAUAAUAACAUCACCGGCCCUGAAGAGGGUACAUCAAUGCAUUGGCACGGUAUCUCCCAAAAGGGAACACAAUGGGCCGACGGCGUUCCCGGUGUAUCCCAAUGUCCUAUAGCCCCAGGUUCAUCAUUUACCUACCGAUUCCGCGCAAGCGAAUACGGAACCUCUUGGUGGCACUCGCACUAUUCCGCCCAAUGGACAGCCGGGGCAUUCGGUCCACUCAUUGUCUACGGCCCAAAGCAUAUUCCGUAUGAUAUCGACGUCGGACCCGUCAUGCUUGGCGACUAUCAUCACCGUGAUUACUUUGAAGUCGUGGAAGAUGCCGCUAGCAACAGUACCGAUCUCAACGUCUACGCACCCUGGUCCGACAAUAACUUGAUUAACGGCAAGAACAAUUACAACUGUUCCAUGUCCAAGACGAAUGCUACGUGCGUUGACGAUGCGGGGUUGGCGCAGUUCAAGUUCCAACCAGGAAAGGUCCAUCGUCUGCGGUUAAUGAAUAUUGGUGCUGCGGCGCUGCUUCAUUUUAGCAUUGACGGGCAUAAGAUGCAGGUUAUUGCGCAAGACUUUGUACCGGUUGUGCCGUAUGAAGCAGACGUUAUUACCUUGGGUGCUGCGCAGCGGACUGAUGUUCUGGUGAUGGGAGAUGCCGAUCCGGACCAAACGUAUUGGAUCCGGUCGAACAUUUCGACCAAUUGCUCCAAUACGUACACUUCUAUGGCUUGGGCAGUUCUAUCCUACGAUGGGAACGAUAAUAUUCAGGAACCGACAAGCGAUAGCACCGAUGCCGUGAAAGAGGCAGACCGCAAAGACUUCCUGUGUAAGAAUGACGACUUGAACAAAACAGUCCCGUUCUACCCACAGGCCCUGAAGGAACCUGACAUUACAACCACGAUCCAAGUCGAUCUGUACACCAACGAAACAGGCCACCAUUUGUGGACCAUGAACAACCGAACACAGCGAACGGAUUAUAACAAUCCGCUUCUCCUCCUCGCCAACGAAGGCAACUUCUCCAUUCCAGACCCAGACUGGAACGUCUAUGAUUUCGGAACUAGCAAAACGGUUCGCAUCGUGCUGAAUACUGUCUACCAAUCCGCGCAUCCUAUGCAUCUUCACGGUCACUCUUUUCAAGUACUUGCCGAAGGGGAUGGCCCCUGGGAUGGCACAAUUGUCAACCCACAUAAUCCAACUCGUCGUGAUACGCACAUGCAACGCCGCUACGGACACCUGGUAAUUCAGUUCGAGGCCGAUAACCCAGGUGUAUGGUCAUACCAUUGCCACAUCGCGUGGCACGCCAGUAUGGGUUACAAUAUUAUGAUUCUAGAGCAGUCGAGAGAUAUUGAAGAUGUGGAGAUUCCGGUUUAUAUCGGACAGACGUGUAGGGAUUGGGAUCGGUGGUCGAAGCAUAAUGUGGUUGAGCAGAUCGAUUCCGGUAUUUAAGUCGGCAUGGGAAGUGCAUAUGGGUUGAUAUUGGAGUUGGGCGGUUGCAUGGGACUUGUAAUUAGCGUAUAGAUUUUGUGUCUUUGUUUGCGAUAUAGAUUAUGAGUUAUGAGCGAC